AUGACAGAAGAAAAAAAUCCUAUUAAAAACAUUAGAAGGACGACUCGAAGUAAAACGCAAUUUAUAAAUUUUAAUAAAGAUGAAAUUAGAGAUCUAAGAAUGGAAGUUAAAAAUUUAGGCUUUAAACCUGAAAUCGAUGAAAACCCCGAGAUUGAGAUACAAAAAAAUAUUUUUGUCUUAGGAGAAACAGUGGGACUAAAAAAUAAUAUUGAAAAAUCGAGGAGUGCAAAUAAAAUACAACACGAAAAUGUAAUUGAACAAAAAAUUACCUUUAAUAAUACACCAGUUGAGAAGUCCGAACCACUUACAGAAAAAGAACAAAGAACAUAUUCGUUUAAAGACCUAUUAGAUUGGGUACAUAAAAAAGAAAAAAGGGAAUUAUAUCCUAAAAAUAAAUAUGACUAUUCAUACAAAAAAAAUAAAAGUGAGUUUAAGAACCAAAAUGAACUACUUUAUGAGGAAAGGAAUAUUGUGCAUAUGAAAAUAGAAGAAGAAAUAAUCCCAAGCUUGAAAAAUAAUCCAUUUAUAAUUGCUGAUAAAUAUUUAAGAAGUAAAAAAAAUAUGUAG